UUGAAACCUUUGACCAAAAUCAACAAUAACUCAAAAAAGAAAAAAAAUUAUAGUUGCUUUAAAAUUGAAUUGCUUCCCCAUUUUUCUAAAAUAAUUGUUUCCAAAGUUGUUUUAUUUCUAGGAACCGAAAAGAGGGGGAAAAAAACGCGGGAAAAUGCUCGUCUUUUUAAACGGAUUGAUGGAAUGGGCAUAUGAAUCUUCUUCCUCGCCAAAAACCCUAACAUUGGACCAAUAGCAAUGAAGCAGUCGAGCAUGGAGAAGAAGAAGCUCAAGAGCUUCAACGAUCUCCUUCCUCCGGAGCUGAUACGAGCAAUCUUACUGAGGGUUCCCAUCAAACACCUUGCGUGCGUCAGGUGCGUUUCCAAGCUAUGGAAUACUCUCAUUUCCGAUCCCAAUUUUGCAAAAUCCCAUCUUGACCUCUCUCUCUCACCCUCUCAUACAUGCCUCUUCCUCCAAGACAAUUCUCACGCUUACUCAGUUGACCUUGAUGCACUGCUUCAAGAUGAUAAUGAUGGCGUUGAUGCAAUAGCCCUCUCUCUCCCUUUCAUGAAGAAGCCAUCUUCUGAUUUCCAUCUUCUUGGUUCCUGCAGAGGGUUCGUACUCUUACACCGCGAACCACAGUUUCUUAUCUUAUGGAAUCCAUUCACUGAUUCCAGCAAAAGAAUCUCAUACUCUCAUAUGGUUUAUGCCGCAACAAGGGAUAUAGUUUAUAAUCGUCUUGUUAAGGUCUUCUGCUUUCUCCAUGAUGCGCUUCUAUAUGGCUUUGGGUAUGAUGCGUCACAAGAUGAUUACGUAGUAGUUGUAGCAUAUAAGGGUAAAGACGAUGAAUUCCAUUUUGAUCUGUGUUAUUUGAGAAGCAAUUCAUGGAUUAGUCUUGAUGCUGCACUUCCCAAAUCAUUGUACUGGGAUGAUUGGAAACCUAAGGGGUUGUUCUGUAACGGGGCUAUUCAUUGGUCUACUCAUGAGUACUGUGUUGACAUUCUUAUCUUUGAUCUGAAGGAAAGAAGUUUCUCCACGAUACCCGGGCAGCACCUAUUUAAACCCCGUCUCGUCCUGCUAGGAGGAUGCCUAGCCUUCUAUUUGUAUGGAGUGAAAGAGAAUAUAACUGAGAUAUGGGUGAUGAAAGAAUAUAAAGUGCAGUCGUCGUGGACCGUCUAUGAGAUUCCUCUUGGAUCCUUUAAGCCUCUGUGCUUAUCUGCUAAUGGGGAUAUUAUUGGAAGAUGUUAUCCUUGGGAGGGUGAAGGAGGGUUCUAUAUAUAUAAUGUCAGAGGAGAGCUGCUCAAACAUGUUCAAUAUCUUUAUGGUGAGCCUUCCAAUCACAUAAGGUCCGUUGUGCAUGUGGACUGUCUCAUGGCAGUCCCUAGCAACAUCAAGAAGAAGAAGAGAAAAAAGGAAUCACAAAGAGGUCAAACAAGGGAGGGAAUUAGGAGCUAACAUGGGAACAACUUGGACACUUGAUUCUGUUGUAAAUGAAGUGUAGGAUUAGGAAGUUGAGCUGGAAAAAAGCUUCUCAAGACUCUUGUUCUAUUCUGCUUUUGCUUUAAACUUUAAAGUAUGAUUUCCCUUCCAACCAUGAUUGGGGAAAACUAAAAAAUUUGAAAAUGCAAUUGAGUUUGCUCUUGUUAAAUUCAAUGUCUUUUGAAUUUGAAUUAUAUAUAAUAGCCCUAUAUAUGCAGUUGAAGUUUUA